AUGAGCCUGCUUGCCAUAAACCACUUCAAGUCCAUCUUGGGUCCCUCAAUCCUGCCUCCUACACCCAUUGUCUCUCCCCCGAGCUGGUUCAUGUCUCUCACCCCUUUUCGAUGCUCACCUGAACAAAAACAAGCCAUGGUAAUCAUUCCCCAAGCUAGGGACAUAAAGAAGGUCCUAUUCAAACUAAAACCCAACAAAUCUUCUGGCCCUGAUGGACUCACCUCCGGUUUCUACAAGGCUGCUUGGGACUUCUUGGGAGAGGAAGUAACGACUUCAAUCUCUAGAUUCUUUUCCUCCUCCUUCAUGCCUACCUCUACAAACUCAACAAUCCUCACCCUUGUACCCAAAUUCCCAGGAGCUUCUAAGAUCUCAGACUUCAAACCCAUCUCCUGCCUCAACACUCUCUACAAGGUCGUCUCCAAACUUCUUGUCUCCCGGCUGAAACCGUUGCUCCCAUCUCUGAUCCUCCCCAAUCAAACGGCCUUCAUAAAAGACAGAUUAUUAGUAGAGAACACAGUGCUAGCCGGAGAGAUAGUGAAUGGUUAUCAUAAGAGCAAGGGCCCCAAAAGAAUCACUAUCAAGGUGGACAUUGCAAAAGCUUUUGACAGUGUUUCCUGGGACUUUCUUUUCAACUGCCUCGAAGGCCUAGACAUUCCUCCCCAAUUCCUACACUGGCUAAAAUCAUGUAUCCGGACCCCUAGCUUCACAGUUGGUUACAAUGGUAUGGUGCAUGGAUAUUUUAAAGGAAAAAGAGGUCUAAGGCAAGGGGACCCUCUUUCACCCUAUAUGUUCGUAAUAGCUAUGAACUGUCUAUCUAUUAUGCUAAACAAUGCCGCAGAAGAAGGAAAAUUUGGUUAUCACCAUAAAUGUGAAGCUUCUAAAUUGACUCACCUCUAUUUUACUGAUGAUCUUCUAAUCUUUGUGGAGGGCUCGCUGGAGUCAGUGCAAAAUGUCCUUCAGAUUCUCCAGGAGUUCCAUUUGAGGUCCGGUCUAGCUGUGAGUGUUCAAAAAUCCAGUUUCUUCGCCUCAGGAAUUUCCCACCAAGAAUCCGAUCUCAUCAAAUUCUCCACUGGAAUGCCAGAGGGAACACUGCCUGUCAGAUAUCUGGGAGUCCCACUAUGUACCAAAAAGCUGAGUAUAGCAAACUGUGAGAUCCUAAUACAACAAGUGAAGUAUCGGGUUACCUCGUGGAGUGCGUUGUCUCUCUCCUUUGUGGGCCGGUUAGUGUUGAUAAAGACGGUCAUAGCGGGAAUCAUAACCUUCUGGAGCUCUGCUUUUAUCCUCCCGAAAGCAUGCAUAAAGAAAAUCAACUCCCUUUGUAGCGCCUACUUGUGGAAAGGGAGUAUAGAGGGUCAUCACUCAGCUAGAGUAGCUUGGUCAACGGUUACUACACCAAAAGAAGAAGGGGGCUUGGGGAUUAAAGAUCUUACCACUUGGAACAAAGCUUGCUGCCUCAAACUUAUUUGGCUCUUAUUCUUCCAAUCAGGCUCUAUUUGGGUAGCGUGGUACACGAAGGAGAUUCUCCAAGGCAAUGUCCAUAACUUCUGGACAGUAAGGCCUCACAGAGAUAACUCUUGGUUAGCGAACAAGUUGAUCAAGACUAGAGAAGUCGUGUACCCUUGGAUCAAACUGAGGAUUGGAAAUGGGAGGAAUUGUAGAUUCUGGUCGGAUCAUUGGUCCCCCUUUGGAAAUGUGAGAAGCUUCCUCCGGGAAACGGGAAACACUCGGUUUGGAAUACCGGAAACCGCUACUUUGGCGAGCCUGUACCAACAAAACCGCUGGAAUCUCCCUGCAGCAAGAUCAGAGAACCAGGUUAGCCUCCACAUUUUCCUUACAACGGUGGUGUUUAAUAAUCAGGAAGACGAAUUUGAGUGGGAACUAGAUGGAGUGGCUUCAAAAAAGUACAAAACAGGAGAAGUUUAUAGGAAACUUACUGGGGAGGGUCCAAUAGCGGCUUGGACAAAAGUGAUUUGGAAUGUGGGAGGAAUUCCGAGGCAUAACUUCCUCGCUUGGUUGUUCGCUCUCAAUCGGUGCCCGACCCGGGACAGAAUAGCUGGCUGGGGCCUUCAGACGGAUCCCAACUGCUUGCUCUGCUACUCAGCUGCAGAAACAAGAGAUCAUCUUCUCUUCGCUGUAAUAUACUGGUUGUGGCGGGAGCGAAAUGGGAGACUCCACAGCCAAAUCUUCCUGUCAGAGGACUCUAUUGUGAAUCAGAUUGAUCGCCAAAUCAGAAAUCGGAUCGCAAGCUACAGAGACAAAAACGCAGCUCUAGCUUUCAAGCUUCUGCAAACUUGGUUGGCUUCGGAGACUCUAAGGCGUUAG